AACAAUAUUUCACAAAAACAAAAGAUAUUAUAAUUCGAAAAAAAUAAUUUUUCGUUCAUAAAUAAAUUGUUUAUCUGUAUAAUUUGCAAAUAUAUUUGUAAUUAAUAGUUUCUCUUUGGGAAAAAUGGAAGAAAAAAAGAAAAAAGAUGAUUGGAUCCGUAUGGCUUCCAAAAGUCGGCCAGGACGUUUUUAUUUGUUUAAUAAGGCAACUGGUGAAACACAAUGGUUGCCGCUACAUCAAGUAACAGAAUCGGAUCAACAAAAACAAGAGUCCCCGCCAAAAUUGUCAAGUUUUACAAAAAGUAGCAAAACUCCUGCUCAGGAUCGUUUAAAAAGAUUGCAGCACAAUUUAAAGUCAUGCCAAACUCGAUCUAGCAACAGUCGUAUAACACGCCGCCAGUCUUCCGAUUUGGAAGCAAAGUCUAAAGAGCAAGAGAAUAAGUUAAGUGAUCAACCAUCAACUAGUACCUCUAAACCAGUAAUAGAAAAAUCUCCCAAAAAGGCCACGAAAAGAUCUCAAAGUGGCAGUAUAAUUAAAAAAAUUGAUAACACAGUUAAAAUUACUAGGAUUACUGAUGCUGAAGAAGCGAAGAAAAUUCGGCUCUCAGAGUCUUCCAACUCUACGUCGUCAACCUCAAACAAGUCAACUAAAAUUGAAACUGCCACAGAAGUUAUGGAGUUUAAGUCUUUUACUUCAAGUAAUGGUAGUAAUUUAGAGCAUUUGUCUAAUACUGAGCAGGAUAACAGUUCCUCAUUAAAUAAUUUACGUUGUGGUAUUGUUAAAAAAAUAAAAGAGAUUUGUAAAAUACCAUUUAAUAUAUCUAAAAAGAAAAUUGAAGAAAAAUCAUGUAUCAAGGAAGACAAAUCUACUGGUAUAAUUAAUACAACUCAUUUCAAACCAGUUAGGAAAACCAAGGAUAUUAUUCCAGGUUUAUCCUUAUCAACUGCACGAGAUGCCAUUUACCAGUUAAGAGAAGAAAGUAUAAAAAAUUCAAAAGCGCCAAAUAAUAAAACGGAGUUUAGUACACCUAAAAAUAUAAAUAUUCCUACGUAUCCACGAGGAUCUGCCAAUUCACGUUUAGAACGUUUAAAACAAUCAUUACUAUUGCAACAACAUGAUCAACAAGAAACAAGUACAUCUACAAGUAAGACACAUGAAAUUCCUAACACAUCAUGUGAGUCCAAUAACAAUACUGUUUCAUUGCAAUCAGAAGACACCUGCCAUAAUAACUCCAAAAAAUCUCUAAAUGAAACUCUUAAUGAUGAUGUUGAAGCUAUGGACUGGCAGCCGAUUGUAAAGGAUGAUGAUUUAAUCGAGGUAUCAUCUAGUGAAAGUUCUUUUGUAAUAGAAAAAUCUAAAAAACUUGUACUUCGAACAAAUGAUGAAAAUACAACAAUGGGUGAUAUUUACGAUACAGUUAAUGAGAAUCUUUUACGCUUUUCGGCGGAAAAGCAUAAAGAUUCUGCAAAUCAUCGAACAAAAUGGCGAAAGGAUUUUUACUAUUUUAUUGUGGAUACCAAUGUUUUAUUGAAAGACUUGACUUUUGUGGAAGAUCUUACGAAAAUGAAAUUAUGUGAUACCAAAGGCAGUAUGUUGUAUAUACCCUAUUCAGUAUUACAAGAACUGGAUAAACUAAAAAUGCGUUCAGGUUGUCAGGAAGGUGUUAAAACUCUAGCGGUUCGUGCUAUUAAAUAUUUAAAUUCUAAAUUUGAAAACAAUUCCCCAAACUUACGAGCUCAAUCUGCCUUAGAUGAACGUCAUCAUUUAGUAGAUAUUAAUUCAGCAGAUGACAGCAUCAUCAAUUGCUGCUUACAAACCAAAGAACAAGUUCCAAAUUUACUUUUACUCACCGAGGAUGUUAAUCUUCGCAAUAAGGCUAUUUGUAAUAAUAUUUUAGUUUCUACAAAGUCCGAUUUGUUGUCUAAACGAUACAAUACUAGCAAUGGAGAUGACAAAUCUUGACGUAAGAAAACAUACUCUUGGUCAAAUAAAUUGAAAGUUUUUCUACAAACUUUUCAUUUCAAAUAAUUCGUAACUUUAGUCUUUAUAAAUUAAAUGUAAAAUAUAAAAUUUUCUGUUCAUUACUUAAUAUUAGCAAUGUAAAUACUAUCGAAUAGAAUUUAAGUAUUUUUUUAGAUAUUUUUUGUUGUCAUUGUUAUAGAUAUCAAUAUAGUUUUUCUCAACAGAUGUUGAGAAA